AUGUACCAAAAUGUUAACCAACGUUAAAUAAACGGUAAACAAACGGACCACAAUCUGAACGUGUGUUAAUUGGAAUCAGAUUCUUCCGCCGUCCUACCACGAGGGGGAGCCCACGUACCACAAGUGGUUAGCAUACGAUGAAUCCGAACAAGUUAUAAAAAUAAAACUCUCAACCUUUUAAUCUGUAAUGGAUCUCCCUGUGUUCUCUACGUUAGUUGGGCUUUCAUAUAAUAAUAACAAUAAUAAUAAUAAACUAUAACUACUAUCCUGGCCGUGUACAGAGGCGUUUGGCAAAAAGGCAAUUAUUUCAUUUCCGCCCAAUGACCGAGCUUCAGUGAACGUCACAGAGCUCUCAAUCCUAAAAGUUUGAGUCACGUGACCUAGAGAGCGUUUAACACAAGUGACACGGAGUGGAAAACGUCACUCUUAAAGAAAACCUUGCCGCCCUUGAUGCUACCGCAGCUGGUAGCAACGAAUGAAAUGAAAAGUUACAACAUUUUUAUGACAUUUGGAAGUCAAAUAUUCAGAUGUACUAUUACAGUGAACGCAGCCGCGGGAAAAUUGUUUGGAAUAAGUGAGAGAACCAGGAAGCUCGAGCAAAGGAGACGAGAGGAAAGAGGUUAAAAAAGACUCGUGAGGGGAAACAAGCAGUUUUGAAGAGGCAGCAAGAAGAAACUUUCCAAGGAAAAAACGAACCCAUGAAGACCUAUGGACUGAACGGUGCUAAGGCGAUUGUCCUUCCUGCAGGAGGAAUGUGCCGUUACCUGGAGAUCCCAUCUAUGGUCCAUACAGCUGCUCUACACAAACAGAAGUUUCACAAGAUUUUACGAUAAUGACUGGGGUUUUAUGGCAGGGCACUGUGACCACGCCCACUCAGGCUGAAGCCAACCAAUCAUCGCUGCGCUACCUCAGAGGAGUGAUCUGUGUGCCUGAACUCUAGUCCGCCUGUUCAUUGUACUGAAGCAGCAGCCAUGCGCAAAUGGGUCCGGAGGAGGGCUGUGAACUGGAGGCUGUAGUCUACAUAUAAAGAUCUCUGUCCGCCUGCGAGAAUCCCACACUCACCACUUCAAGAGACGAGGAGAACACAAACCUGACUCCCAGUUAAAGCCGGUUUUGCCAUCCCACCAUUUUACUCCUUGUGUGACAGACGGCGGUGGAGCUUGGAUGCAGAAAACAGCAGCAGCGAUGCGGCGACUCUGUUGUUAACUCCUUGGACUCCCUUCUCACUCUACUCCUUCUUUUCGCCCUUGUCCUUAUUUUUGCCGGUUCUCUUUAACGGACGCCGAGAUUUACCCCAGGAUGAAGCUCAAACCGAACCAGACCAGGACGUAUGAUGGCGAGGGCUUCAAGAAACGAGCGGCUUGUCUGUGCUUCAAGAAUGAACGUGAAGAAGAGGUCCUGCUGGUCAGCAGCAGUCGGCAUCCAGACCAGUGGAUCGUCCCUGGUGGAGGGAUGGAGCCAGAGGAGGAGCCGUGUGGAGCUGCUAUCAGAGAGGUGUUUGAAGAGGCCGGUGUGAAAGGAAAGCUGGGGCGUCUGCUGGGUGUAUUUGAGCAAAACCAGGACAGGAAGCACCGGACGUACGUGUACGUGUUGACUGUGACCGAGACCCUGGAGGCCUGGGAAGACUCUGUCAACAUAGGUCGCAAACGGGAAUGGUUCACCGUGGAUGAGGCCAUCAAAGUGCUGCAAAGUCACAAACCGGUGCACGCUGAGUACCUGCGGAGGCUCCAGCUCAGCUGCUCCCCCACCAACGGGAACUCCAUCCUCACCAGCCCCCAAUCCAACGACAACUUCCCCCACUACAGCGCCACGGCCAACACGCCAUCAACGGGGAGUGUGCUGGGCUCCUCCUGCAGAUAGGACUGCACAUCCUCCAUCUUUGUGUUCUGCCACAGCCGGACAGUUUACAUGAAAUUCUGUACAGUCUUGCAUGGUCCCAAUGACUUUUUUUUUUUUGGAAUUUCGACUCACUUGUAUGUAUCAUUUCUAGUCUUAGCUGCAGGACAGACCAAAGCCAUUGAAAGAGCUGUGAUAAAGACUCGUGUAAAUGCUGGUGGAGCUCACGGCUCGGACAGGAACACUGUCUGAAUGGCUGAUACUGAAGGACACGUUUCUUUUUGUUUUUGCUUGCACCAGACUGAUGAGCUGAAGAAGAGGAAGAAGACGGUGCAGGUGUGACUGACCUGGUGAAGGAUUGCCUUAUAAAAAAUCGUUGUAUGAAUGUCUAAUUUCACUAAUGAUUUUUUUUUUUUUGCAUUUACUUUUUAGCAGAAUGGAUUUGCUUUCAAGUCAGUCAGUAAAGGCUAGUUUAUCCCAAACAUGUCCAUGUGACAGAAUGUUUCCAGAUUCAACCUUUGAUUGUUUUUUACCAAAUCCCAGACCUGCUACAUUGACAGGUUUUAAGAAUUUUUAUCUUCUUUUCUAAAUGUUGCGUUUCUCUCCUUACAUCACAGAACUACACAUAAGAUGACACAUUUAUUCCCUGACAUCACUUUUUUAAUCUGACAAAAUUGACAAUAAGCCAAAUGUUCUUUCCAUAUUCGCCUCCACGGCCCCUCAGGGGUUCUUGGACAUUUGCAGUGGCAGGAUUUAAGGAUUCUCGUUACUGUUGGAUGAGGUUUAGUAGAGGAGGAGAAGUCUUUAAGGGAGCACCGUGCUAUCAUUCUUUAUCCAUCACUUUCAUACCCAGUGGGGAAACAAGUAUCUGUUUUCGACUUUUCCUUCCAGUAAAAAAAUCAGCCUCGAUUUAACUCAGUUCCAACGUCUCGAAAUUAAAAGCAAAGGGUAAAAAUAAGAACCCAGAUCAGUCCUGAAGUCAAAGUAUUUGUUUUCUUAAAUAGGAAAAAAGGGACCGAACGUGUCCUUCUCGAUCAACUAGACCUGAGUCACGACAUUCUUGGAAAUCCUUAGCAACAACGCUGCUUUGAUUAGCGUGGAAUUUUAGCUACUAUGUUACUAACUUAACUAAACAUCAGCUGAACCUACAGGCAGGGAAAGAUCAGUGUUUCCCAUGAUGUCACCGUGAAAGAAUUCAAUGACGAAGAGUCCAUUUUACCCUUUGGUUUUACUGUAAUACUGCCUUGAUCGUGGCAGGAAUUUUAUUUUAUUUUUUUAAUUCAGUGAUGCUGAAUGUCAUUCUGUCAUGUAGCCAGUACUUGAAAAAAAUGCUGUAAGACAGUGAUGUCUUUAAUUUAUAAGAUCCAGUUCAAAUGGUAUUGUUUAACAUUGUUAAGUUAAUAAUUAACAUCCUUGACUAAAAGCUAAAUACUGACAUUAGAAUGAGGUUUUAUUUCGAUCUUAUUGAUUGCCCAAGACAGUUAAACAGCCAUGUGGAUGAUAUCAAUAUAACAUCUGAUCAUCAGGUUAAAAGAGUUAGCUUUUUACUAGGACAGUAAAGGCACCAUUUAAAAAAAGAAAUCAGUCACUUAUUGGUAGAAUAACUUUACAAAAAUCCAGCCAAUUAAGCGAAGGACUGGGCAGGUCAUGUGGGUGUGUACAUAGCCUUCUGCACACGCUCUGUUUACAUUGUUAUCAGUCUCGUUACAGCAGUUUUGAUUACAGGCAGGUUAGCAGUGAGUCCCAUGUCCAUCUUCUAACACUAUGUCCUCAAAGACAAACAUCCUACCUUGAAAAAUAUAUUUUAAACGAGGAACAUAACCUAAUAUGGACAGGCAUCUUGUAACUACGCAGACGUUUGUAAAUAGCUUUGAAGACAAAAAGCAUUAGAAGAAAAAAGAAGUGUUUUUAACCAGAACGAACCUGUAAAAAGCUCUAAUGUUUUUAUAUUUUUUAAACAAUGUACAAAUGUCAGAAAAAAAAGAGUUUUUGUUGCAGUUCAGAAAGUUGGUGUCGGUGAUGCAGAGCCACGUGUGUUUAAAUGUGGAAGCCGGGUGGUUAAAGUGCAGUAUAUCUGAAAUCAAGUGGAACUUUUUACACACAAUUAUCGGUUAUCAAAAAAAAUCUUGUUGCAUCUUUAGGUGUUGUAUUCAAAGAGAAACCCUUUGUUAAGGCGGAGAAACCACGUCGUUGUUCAUUAUAACAAAAUAUUUUAAAGGUAGAAUUUUAGACCGUGACGGAUGGAUACCGAUUUCAACUCUUGGAACUGGAAUUUUACAUUCUACUGUAACAUUUUUCUUCUGCCUGGUUUCUUCAGGGAAAACAUUUAUUGAAAUCAAAUGUAAUGUAACAUGUUACCCACAUAAAAAAGUAUUUAUUCACCCUAGAAACGUUAAAAAAAAAAAACGACUUUGGCCUUCGUCAGUGAGCCCUAGCAUGAAGUCAUUACAUAUUAUGAGACUAGUUUUGUAAAAUACAGCUCUGAGUCAAAGUCAACUGAAUGUAAGGUCUGAGGCUUGUUGAUUUGAACUCCACUUCUGUCACAAAAUCUUAAUUUUAGAUUUUUUUUAAAUCUUUUGAAUCAAAGUUGUUUGACAUUUGACCUUUUUUUUACCCCUGUCUUUGAGUGAGUACUUUAAAUGUGUGAUGUUGAUUUUGAAAACGGAAUAUGUGCCAAAUUUUAAAAGAUGAAUUUGUCUAGAUGUGAAGGUUGCAACGGUAAUUAGAUCCACGAUGUCAAGACGCUUUCAGAUCAUAUGAGCUGUGUGAUCUUGUUCGUUGGCAUCCGGGAAUGUAAUGGAUUCUUCAACAGUAUUUCUGGGCCCAAACUAUUUCAGAUAAUUCAGAGAAAACCACGUUUGUACACUUGUUAAACGCAGCUUCAAGUUCAAGCCUUUACUGAUCUCUGUGACUGUUCUUCGUACAACACUAAAGAGGAGAACUUGGACACCUUGAAUGUUCGCUGAGUGCAUUGUAAAGUGUAAACAGUGUGUUUGGCACAUCUGAAACAAAGAAAACACGAGACACGUCAGAUGUUUAUGCACAGGAAAGUUAAAUGUUAACGUGAUUUUAAAAGCUGGACUGGAAAAAAAACUUUUUUUUUGAAAAAAAUUGAAUUAAAGGGAAAAAAAACAAUCAAA